UUAUUCAGUUUGUUCUCGCGCGACCGUCGCGUUAAACGUGUGCUGUGGUCUUAUUCUGGCGUUCAAAACACGAUAACUGAAGAACAAGGGGCAAUAUAGACCACCAAGAUGGGGGCAAUGUUCCGGAGCGAGGAGAUGGCGCUCUGCCAGCUCUUCAUACAACCAGAGGCGGCGUACACGUCUGUCUCGGAGCUCGGCGAAGCGGGUACCGUGCAGUUUAGAGAUUUAAAUCCCGACGUAAAUGCGUUCCAACGCAAGUUCGUCAACGAGGUGCGUCGUUGUGAUGAGAUGGAACGCAAAUUGCGUUACAUCGAGGUGGAGGUGCAUAAGGACAAGGUGCAUGUUCCAGCAGUCAAGGAUAUGCCGCGAGCGCCCAACCCUCGGGAGAUCAUUGAUCUUGAAGCGCACUUGGAAAAGACAGAAAAUGAAAUUCUUGAAUUGUCGCACAACGCCAUCAAUUUGAAACAGAAUUACUUAGAAUUGACCGAGCUUAAACAUGUCUUGGAAAAGACCGAAGCUUUCUUCGCUGCUCAAGAAGAAAUCGGAAUGGAUUCGCUUACAAAAUCACUGAUAUCCGACGAGACCGGUCAGCAGGCCGCCACGCGCGGCCGCCUCGGCUUCGUAGCCGGCGUGGUGCAGCGCGAGCGCGUGCCGGCCUUCGAGCGCAUGUUGUGGCGCAUCUCGAGAGGCAAUGUCUUCCUCCGUCGCGCUGAACUCGACAAACCGCUUGAAGAUCCCAACACGGGCAAUGAAAUUUACAAGACAGUGUUCGUGGCAUUCUUCCAAGGAGAACAACUCAAGUCCCGCAUCAAGAAAGUGUGCUCUGGUUUCCAUGCAUCAUUAUAUCCUUGCCCACCAUCCAAUGCGGAACGAUUGGAUAUGGUGAAAGGAGUUAGAACUCGUCUUGAAGAUCUUAAUAUGGUGCUGAACCAAACUCGUGACCACAGACAGCGCGUACUCGUCAGUGUUGCCAAAGAACUCGGCAGUUGGUCGAUCAUGGUGCGCAAGAUGAAAGCAAUCUACCACACACUGAACUUGUUCAAUAUGGACGUCACCAAGAAGUGUCUUAUUGGUGAAUGUUGGGUACCGACUGCUGAUCUACCCAACGUGCAGAAAGCUCUAGCUGAUGGAUCCAACGCCUGUGGCAGUUCCAUUCCAUCAUUCCUGAACUGUAUCGAAAGCGACGAAGAGCCGCCAACAUUUAACCGCACCAACCGAUUCACGCGUGGUUUCCAGAACCUUAUUGACGCUUACGGUGUUGCCUCUUACAGGGAAUGUAAUCCAGCACUCUACACCAUAAUUACUUUCCCAUUCCUCUUUGCCGUGAUGUUCGGAGAUUUGGGCCAUGGUUUGAUCAUGGCUAUGUUCGGAGCUUGGAUGGUUAUUAAGGAAGUUUCGCUCGCUGCAAAGAAAUCUAAUAACGAAAUUUGGAACAUUUUCUUCGCUGGUCGCUACAUCAUCUUACUCAUGGGCUGCUUUUCAAUGUACACCGGUCUCGUUUACAACGAUAUAUUCUCGAAAUCGAUGAACAUUUUCGGUACCUCUUGGAUUGUCCCGUAUGAUAACGAAACGCUUGAAGCAAAUGCCGCUUUGUCUCUGGAUCCUAAAGAUUCAUAUAUUGACACCCCAUACUUUAUCGGUAUUGAUCCUAUUUGGCAGAGCGCCGAAAACAAAAUUAUUUUCUUGAACUCUUACAAAAUGAAACUUUCAAUUAUCUUCGGCGUAGCUCACAUGAUCUUCGGCGUAUGCAUGAGUGUCGUUAACUACAAUUUCUUCAAGCGUCGUUACUCCAUCUUCCUCGAGUUUAUCCCACAAGUUAUAUUCUUGUGUCUCCUCUUCGCGUACAUGGUAUUCAUGAUGUUCUACAAAUGGGUCGCUUACAGCACUUUUUCAGAGGAUAUAGCCUAUUCUCAAGGAUGCGCGCCUUCUGUCCUUAUCCUUUUCAUCAACAUGAUGUUGUUCUCGAGAACUGAGCCCGAGGGCGGCUGCAAGGAGUUCAUGUUCGAAGGGCAAGGCACCAUUCAACGUGUCUUUGUGCUAGUCGGCCUCUGCUGCAUUCCUGUCAUGUUGUUUGGCAAACCCCUGUACAUACUGCUUAGUAAGAAGAAAACCCAUGCUAAGCCUGAACAAUCGAACGGUAACGUGAACCAGGGCAUUGAGAUGCAGGAACAAACCGAUAUCAGCGCUCAGCCGAAGCCUGAAGCUAAAUCGUCCGGUGGGCACGACCACGAAGACGAACCUUUCAGCGAAAUUAUGAUCCAUCAAGCCAUCCACACCAUCGAAUACGUGCUGAGUACCAUCUCUCACACAGCCUCAUACCUGCGUCUAUGGGCUCUGUCACUUGCUCACGCUGAAUUAUCAGAAGUGCUGUGGAGCAUGGUACUGAAGUUCGGUCUCCAGGACCACAACUACAUAGGCGCCAUCAAGCUGUAUGUAGCGUUCAUAUUCUGGUCGCUCUUCACCCUCGCCAUCUUGGUUAUGAUGGAAGGACUCUCAGCUUUCUUACACACACUGCGUUUGCACUGGGUGGAAUUCAUGAGCAAAUUCUAUUCUGGUCUGGGUUACAUUUUCCAACCUUUCUGCUUUAAGACGAUCCUCGAACAAGAGGACAACGAUGAUUAAAUUUAAAAUGAAACAUUGUCAAUUAAAUAUAUAGAUUAGAUUGCUACAGUAUUCGCAUAUAUUUUGUAUGCAAAUAGGUGCAAAGGUCACAAUAGAUGUUGAAUAAAGUAUUAUUCCG